CAACUCAAAAACCAAUACCAAACCCCACAAAGGCAGUCACACUACAGAAUACUAAAUUUUUGUUUGUCUUAAUCUCGCCAUACUUAUUCCCUCUUACUUUCUCUUUGUUCCUUUACUCUCUUUGGGGCCCCUCCAGGGGACAAUAGAGUGCAAAGGGUAUUUGGUUCUGCUUUAUCUGAGAAAGCAAGAGUGCAAGAGAAGAAAAGGGUUUGAUGUGUGUGUGAGUUGGGAAGAAAAUGGCGGGGGGUGCAGAGGAGGAGCUAGAAAGAAGAAGCAGGUUCCUUAAAGGCUUGAUACAGAAGAAGAAAGCCAUUGAGCAACAAGAGCAGCAUGAUCACCUACAGCACAAUAACGUUCGUGUCAGAGCUUGUGAUAUGCCUCUCCCUCUUCAGAAUUCUGCCUUUCGUUGUGCACGUGAUCUUCUCGAUACUAUGCCACCAAAGAAGCUUGAUAGCAAACGCCUUGCCCUCGCACUUAAGAAGGAAUUUGAUUCUUCGUAUGGUCCAGCAUGGCACUGCAUAGUGGGGACUAGUUUUGGCUCCUAUGUUACUCACUCUGUUGGUGGUUUCUUGUAUUUUUCCAUUGACAAAGUUUAUAUCCUUCUCUUCAAGACAGCAGUUGAACCAUUAGACCAUUCAUAACUUCGAUAUGCAGAACUCCUUGGAAACUUCAAAUAAUUUAGUACUUUAAACCAGCUGAGUGAAAUUGCAAAUUGUAAAAUUUAAACACAUUUGUAUUCUGUGAAGUAUUUGAUGCACUUCAGUUUGCAUUCGAGUGUGGAAUUUGUUCUGACAA